GAACGAUACGGUUUUUAUAUUCGCGGCGUGAAAAAUCGCGAAAAAAUCUCAUCAAAGAAUAGAGUAGAAAGGAGAUCUGCGAAGGGGCGGCCGAUUGUAUGCAUAACAAAACUGCAAAUAAAUGUAAAUAGAAGUGGGUCUUGCGCUGGACCUGCAUAAAACUUGUAGCAUUGGAAUGGAUAAUGCGCCACCGCCGAAACCGCGACGAACGCGACAAAGAUUGAAUGUGAUGCACUAUGAAUCCUUGCCGACGGCACCGCCAGCCAUGUGUGGGCGAGCCGAUGAGAACAUCUUUCAGUUUCCCGCUGUGGCAUCGCGCGCCCGCAAUCUCUCCGCAUCGCCCAAGUUGCGCGAGGAAAAGGAUUUGCCUACUUGUGCGCAUGGCAAGCAUAGUUGCUAUUUCUGUCAUCCCUAUCGAGCAGAUCGCGGCACAAUUGAGCCGCUCAAGACUCGGCUCAAUUCGGCCAUUGAAGCGAUGGAUCAGAUCACACGCACCUGUGCUAUGCUCGAGGGUCUGCUAGAGCGUAAGCUGGCCACCAUUGCGGACAGCGAGGAAGAGCCGUCACCGGCGCAGCAACUGGAAGCGGUAGCAGCACCAGCUGCAGAUACCGCAGUUCCACUUCCCGUUACAGUUCCAGUUCCAGUCACGGCAAGCCCCGCAGGUGAUACCGAAUACGAGCUGGAGCACUCGCUGACCUGGCUGGAAUCGGUGAUGGGCACAGAAGUGGUGCCGCCCUUCAAACAGGGCAAGUUUAAGAGAAUACGUGAGCGAAGCAAGUCCAUGAUGGAGGAUGAGUUACACAUGUAUUUGAAGGGCGAACGGCAGAUGAAGAUGGGCUCCUCACGUCCAUACCUGUUGCGUCGCCAGAGCACCUACAGUGACAACAAAUCCAAAGUAUCCAAAUGGACCAAGGUGAAGGCGGCCUUCAAGUGGGAGCGUGCGAAUGUGCCUCCAGCCACUGUCUCAGAGCCGGGCGCACUAAUGCCACUGAAUCAAGAGGUGGAGAGAUAUUUAAAGGUGCCCAUUGGCACUGCUGGCGGCGGUAGUUCGGCUGACAGUGUGAUCAGCUCCUCGUCGGGUCACUUUAUGAGCGAGACGGGUGGAACGCCUGGCACCAUCAGCUCGGCCAGCUCCAUGGAUGAGCUCCAUUUGGAUGCGGGCAGUUUGCAGCCAAUGCGUCGCCACUCGUCCAAGAGUGAGACGCAUCCCGCCAACAAUGAGGUGGAGAUGCGCAAAUCGGCAACCGAUGAGCGCUUGGAUUCAGCCAAGCCAACGCUGCCCAGUAAAUCUGCUUCAACGAAAUCGCUACGUCGCUCGAAGGCCUUCUCAGACUUUGAGGUACUACCGGAGGAUCAUGUGGCGGACAUUAAGUCGACGAGCAGUCGCCGCAACAAGUUUCCACCCAGUCCCCUGAAUCUUAAUCAGGAGUGCAGCGAUCUGCCGCAGCUUCAUUCACCACUUAAAAGUCCCAACAAGGACGGCAGUCAAACAUUGCCCCGUAUGCGUCAAGUCAGCUCACCGGGCAACUCCUCAGUGCCGAGCAGUCCUUCCAGGCAUUCGGAUUUCUUUGGUGAAUUCGAGAGCGAGGAUCUGUCCAGUGGCGAUUUCUCGGAGCCAACGACGCCAAACUGUAAGACUUUCACACAGAUAGAAGAUGAGAUAUUUCAACAUUAUCAACUUCUACUAAUCAAACUAGAUUUGGAGUUCAAUUGCAAGCAACGCGAAUUCCAACGAUCCAGUGCCAGUAAUCGCAGCGUCAAGUUGUGCAGUGGUGCUCCUGGCAGUGGUAGUGGCAAGCGCAGCAGCGAGGAGCAUUCACCCACACAGCUGCUGCACAGCGACCUUAUGUCCACCCAGCAGCUGGAGCAGAAUCUGACACCGCAGUUCAUGAAGAAGCUGACCAAAUGGCGCGCCAAGCAGCAGAACUCCAACUGUUAUGCCAGUUCCGAGCCAGCAGCGAGUCCGACGGCCAAGAGUCAAAGUGGUGGCGAUCUAAAGCCAAAAAUCGAUUGGAAUCUUUGGAGUUCGGGUCUACUGAAGCUAGAGGGUCAGGGCCUGUGUACAAUGCCAGAUCAAAAGGACUUGUCCGAGAAGUUUCAAAAGAAGUUGGAGCAAUGGAAUCGCUUGAAAUGUGCACCCGGUGGCGGCACCAACUCCGACAAUGAUUCCCUCAAACGCAACUCCAAGCGUAGCCAAUCCACGCGACGCGGCUCCGACGAUGAUCGCUGGUACAAGCACAAGCCCCACGAGAAGGAGAAAUUGGCGAAACUUAAAGCAAUCGUGGCACCAGAUUAUACGUCCAAAAAUAUAGAGGUGAAGACCUCCGACGGCGAGGUGAUGAAAUUCGAGGGCAUCUCACGUAAAUUCACACGCAAACUCUACGAGUGGGAAAAGGCCAGAGGCAUUGGCCCGGAGGCAUCCACAUUUGCGCUACUGCAUCCCGGCUAUUGUCCCAUCGAUGUGCGCCGCAUUAACAAGGAGUUCAAGAAGGCUAUAGCCGAGCACUCGCCGACGUUGAGCCGUUCAUUAUCGCUCGAUAGUGUGGCUCCGAGUGUGAAUCAGGUACAGGUCAUCUCACAGCAGGCUUCAUCACUGUCCCUAAACGAUGUCAACGAGCUGAAGGAUAUGGAGGAUUGCAUGGAUUCGACAGAUCACGAGUAUAAGAAAUACGAGGAACCAGAGGCCGUUAUGGUCGAGGUGGAGGAGCUAAUACAUGACACAGCCUCACCGCUGGUCACCGCCCAUACGCUGGUCGAGCAGCAAACACCUAUCUACAAGUACGAGGAGGUGCAAUGCAAUGACUAUGUUAACUCGCGACGCGUUCAGAGCUUUGAGUCGCACACGAACCUGGCACCGCUGCUCGGAGCACUGAAACGUGCCGAGGAGCUAUUUGUUCAGCUGGGCCAGUCCAGUCCAGACAUUGAGGAACAUGACGCAAUGCGGGAUUGUCAGGCGACAUUGCUCAGCAUACGCAGCAUUUAUCCAUACUACUCCAAUAAUUUGAUGAAACCGAACGUGCUGAAUGCCGUCUCCGAUGUACAAAGCGAUCUGGGGCGUCUAGCUGACCUGCGUCUAAAGUCACCGCUGGACGAGGCCUGUUGCCAGGAAACGAUGGAAGAGCGAACCAACGAGUACAUGGAGGAGCUGCAGGGACUACAGGAAUCCAUGUUAUGCCUCAAAUUGAGCAUCCAAGGCGGCACGAAUCGUUAUCCACGCGAUAUUGUGCCGGAUAUCAACAUAACUGGCGAGGAUGGUCAACAGGUGGACUCAAGUUCUGCCUAUGCCACCUGCGACGCGUCCAGUCGCGAUCAACUGACGCUGGAGCAGAAAACUGCCGCCUCGCCCUCACCCUCGCCCAUGGAGCACGAAACGGAGACGAGUACUACAACGAGCACCGUGUGCCGUGCAGCCGGCAGCGCCGGCAACAAUGCCAAUGCAGCCAAGAAGAAGUUGCGACUGCGCAAGAUGGGUUCCCGCCAGAACAGCAAGACGGAGAGCGACAGCAGCGAUGCGGAUGCGCAGAGUGUAUUGGAGACGCCACGUCGGAUGCGACGCAAGAACUUCCGCAUGAAACAGCGAUCCCUGGAUGAUGACUUCCGCUUGAGUUCCAUUCCAGCUGCAGCGCCAGCGGAGUUGGAUGACAUUAUUUGCAGUUCACUGAAAGUGAAGCCCGGCGAGCCCAUCGAGGAGUCGCACAGCAUUGCCAGCGGCAGCAUUCCCAUUCAGCCGGUGGCCAAGCUGACUGGCUUUGUGCCACCUCCGCUGCCAGAGCUUCAUUCGCGCAACUACAACACCAAUGCCAAUGUUUUUGUGAAGACUAAGCGUAAGCUCUUCACCACUGUUCUGGAGCCAAGUGCCGUCGAGGGCAUAGCACUUAUCGAAAAGGAGCUGGAGAGUCCCACGCACAGCGUCGACGAGGCGAAGAUCGCCUCCAAAUUGAGCACGCCGCGUCCCCUCAAUCUCUACAAAUCCAUCAGUCUUGAGCGAUUGGCGCCACUGUGUCCCAAGGAGGAGUUGCGUAAGUGCCAGAGCACAGAGAAUGUGCGUCGCUCAACGAUAUCUGUGCGUCCGCCCCUGGCCACCGACAGCUUGCAGCGUUUGGCGCGCUCCAAACGCCACCUGAUCCCACAGGUGCCACCACGCCGGACGCAUCUCUACAAGAAGAACUCGCUGCACAAGUCACAAAGUGCCACGGUUAGCAACAAUAUUGAGCACAAGAUUGCCAAGACCAGCUCCGGUUCGACGGUGAGCAGAGCUUAUCCAGUCUCCGCAUAUCUGGCGCUGCCCAACAAAGAGGAUAACACGCUGCCCCGCAUCCAACGCAAGCUGGAGGGCAAGGGCGCCAAGGCAUUGCACACGCCAACUAAACCGAAACAUUUUGAGUUUCCGCCAUCCGUCUUAGAGCCGCAUCAUCUGCAGCGACCGGCGACGCCACUGUCGGAGCGUGCUCAGAGACUGCAACAGGCCAAGGCGCAGUUUCUGCAGAGUGCACCAGUUACGCCCAGGCAGGAGCCGACGACACCCAUUGGUCUAUAUGAUGCCGCACAGCUGCACAAGAGCGUCAGCGUGGGGCAACUGCAGCAGCAACACGAGCAGGAGCAGCAGGAGUUACAUCAGCAACAGGAGGCGACCACGGACCAGGAGAGUCUCAGCAAUUCCAGUGCCUAUGAUAGUUUGCCACGAUCCGUUAGCCGUUCGGCACGAAUCUCCAGCAAACUUGGCUUUGCCACGCUUGCCUCCAAGCUGCGUCGGGGUGGCAAGAGGCCAAAGGAUGCACCUGCUCCGCUGCUGGUGGGCAGUGCUCUCUCCGCACUGUGCCGCCAAACACUGAUGGCCGAUGUGAUUGCGCUGCCACAGGUAUUUGCCGCAGAUCGACCACCGCCCAGUCCCAGUCCCAGUACUUCCACAUCCGCUCCUACACGCAAUGUGCUCAAGUCACAAAGCUCACCACAGGCGGCUUUGGGCUCCACGGGAUCCACAUUGCAUUUUCAUGCCAGUCACGAGGGCAUCAACAAAUCCCUCAGCGAACAGUAUGUGCGCCAGCUCAAAGAGAGCGAUGUCUAGUCACUCACAAGUACCUCUAAGUCUAAUAGUCCUUAAGCAUAGCAGUGGAUGUCAUCGCAUCGAACCACUAAAAAUCUAAAUAUACAUAUAUAUAAUACCAACGGUUAUCGAUGAAUCGAUAAGUCUAAGACGAGUUCGACUUUUAAUAUGUUAAGACUACUGUACAGGGUAUCUCCUAGUCAGCCUCUCUCGUCUAAUGCAUGUUCACUCGCUUUAGUUUGGAACUAUCAUUGAUUGUCUCCUACGGCAAAGGUGCACAGUUUUUGAGCAGUAUGUUUUUUUUUAUACCUAUGUUACUUCAAGAAAAAUUAUUAUCAUUUUUGAUUAAAAUUGCAGAUAGUCUAACUCAAUAAAUUCUAAUAUGCCUAGUAUACAUAUACGGAAUUGUUAUCAAUCUUACUAAGAAAACAUUAAAUACAGAAGCUCGGGAAUUUA